AAUUUUUUGGGUUUUUGUGAGAUUUGGUUGAUGAUCAAAUUGAUAAAUUAUUAAUUUAGUAAAUUAAUUAUUCUUAUUUAUUUUUAUUAACGACGACAAUUAAUUUAUUGUGUGUGAUAUUCAAAUUGGUUGACUGUUGUUGUGACUUUAAAUUUGUUUGACUGGUAAAAUACUAUAAAAAAAGGAGAAAGAACAAGACAAAUUAAUCUUUUAUCUAUAAAAAUGGCUUGUUAUGUUCAGGUUUGUGAGAAUGAAACAUCUGAGCCUAUUGAAUUACCUAUUCAAGAAGAUGGAACCAUGCUGUUGACAACUUUAACUUCUCAAUUUCCCGGUGCCUCCGGGUUAAGAUAUCGAAAUGAGGAGACUGGUACGAUGAGAGCUGUGAGUUUGGUUGAUAAUAAGUUUCAAGCUCCUGAUAAGGGAUGGUCGAAAAUUUCAGUUUACUAUGUUGUCUUUCCUAAAGGUGAUAACAAAAGAAAGAAUGAUGAUGUUUCUGAUGAAGAGUCAAGUGUGAGGAAAAAGGCUACCAAAUGUACUGAUCUGAUUGUGCUUGGUUUACCGUGGAAAACAUCUGAGACUGAGUUGAGAGAAUAUUUUGAACAAUUUGGUGAGCUUUUAAUGGCUCAAAUUAAAAAAGAUCCUGAAACUGGUCUUUCCAAAGGAUUUGGUUUUAUUAGAUUUGCCGAUUAUGAUACCCAAAGGCAGGUUAUAACCAAACGUCACAGUAUCGGUGGACGUUGGUGUGAUGUGCGAGUUCCGUUGUCGAAAGGUGAUGCUUACAGUACAGAGUAUGAUCGCAAGAUUUUUGUUGGUCGUUUGACAGAGGAUAUUUCAAUUGAUGAUUUGCGUGAAUAUUUCUCCAAAUUUGGUGAUAUUACUGAUGUUUUUAUACCAAGGCCAUUCCGAGCAUUUGCUUUCGUUACUUAUGAGUCGGAAGUUUCCCAGAAUAUCUGUGGAGAUCAUAUUGUGAAAGGUGUCUCCCUGCAUGUCAGUAAUGCUGUGCCAAAAAGUGAGAUGAGCUCAAACCGACCCUAUGUUAAUCAUAAUCAUAAUCAUUUCAAUCCCUAUGGUCAAGCUAAUUCUAUGGGUGGAGGCGGUGGUGGUGGUGGUAAAAUGAACCACCAUGGUGGAGGUUUACCACCAAUGAGUAAUCCCACCUCUCGUUACUCCCAUCAACCCUAUUAUUCAUCUUAUGCUGCUCGCCGAGCAACCUAUGGAUCCCAACCUUUACCCCGAAGACUCGAUUAAGAGAAGAGAGAAAAGAGAAAAUAAUUGAAUCGGUCAAACAGACAAAACAAUCAUGAACCCACCCAAUUACCAAUUUCUCUCCCACCCUUACACAACCACCACACAUCCAACAACAAGAAAGACAUUUCAUUUACCACCUCAUCAUCUUUUCCCUUUUCGCAACUCAUUCAAAAAUUUUCUAUUUCCUCUCUUUUCUUUUUUUCCCAAUAAUCGCUCAUCUCUCUUUCUCUCUCUUCCCUCCCUUGACCAUUGUCCAGUUUUGCAUCCAUUGUAACCGAUUUUUUCGACAUUUUUUUCCACAUUCAUAUUUAAUUGUUCCCCUCGUAAUCAUCCAUUGAUACCCCAAAAACGAUUUCAACAACAACAAUCUACUCACUUUUGCCCUUUAAACUCUAUGACCUUUUUUUUCUUGAUGAAAUAAUUAUUAUUAUCUCAAUUUCCCUUUAAAUUGUAACUGACCAAAGGGCACCAACAACACACACAUUAUAUAAUAUUUA